UCUCAUCGUUUCCAAUUCUCGCCAAUCACCUCUCUUGUUGGAGCUCUGAGAAAGCGCUUUUAUGGCGGUUUAGGGUUUUCUAGGGCUUCCGAUGGCCGUGGAUCUCAUAGCGCGCUCGAAGAUGGAGAACCAGAUAGCGAUCCAGGAAGCCGCGGCGGCGGGUCUACGGGGAUUGGAGCACCUCGUCUUGCAGCUCUCGCACCAGAGCCAUCAGCAAACCACCAUUGACUGCCGCGAGAUCACUGAUCACACCAUCUCCAAGUUCAAGAAGGUCAUUUCCAUCCUCAAUCGCACCGGCCACGCUCGAUUCCGCCGUGGACCCUCGUCCGUCACCCAAACCCUAACCCUCUCCUCUCCCCUCCCACCAGCCCCUCCUCCUCUUCCUCCGCCUCCUUCCCAAACGCUAACCUUCGAUUUCACCAACCCCGCAGCCGGAUCCCGCGGCACCGACAUCGCGACGAGCCAGUUCACCAACGAUAGCUUCAGCAUCUCAACCCCGAUGUCAUCCGCGAACUCGUCGUUCCUCUCGUCAAUCACCGGCGACGGCAGCGUCUCCAACGGCAAGCAAGGCUCAUCCCUCCUCCUCGGCUCCAUUCCCUCACUUUCCGCCGGUGGGAAACCCCCACUAUCCUCCGGCUACAAGAAGAAGUGCCAUGCUCAUUCCGGCGACGACUUCUCCGGCAAGCCAUCCUCCGGCGGCCGCUGCCACUGCUCUAAACGAAGGAAAUCAAGGGUAAAACGGACAAUCAGAGUACCGGCGAUCAGCUCAAAGAUGGCCGACAUCCCGCCGGACGAGUACUCCUGGCGUAAGUACGGCCAGAAACCGAUCAAAGGCUCUCCAUACCCCCGGGGUUACUACAAGUGCAGCAGCGUAAGAGGGUGUCCAGCACGCAAGCACGUCGAAAGAGCCCCCGACGACCCAUCAAUGCUUAUCGUCACAUACGAAGGCGAGCACCGCCACUCGCCGGCAGUGGCCGCCGGCGGCGAGCCCAUCAUCUUCCAAGCCCCACGCGAGAUUUAAUCCAAGCCGUCCGUUCUACAAUUCCGCCCUUUUUUUCAAUUUUUUUUAUUUUCUUUUUUUUAAAAAAAAAAAUUUGGUUCCUCUUUUGAGGGAAUCGAUAUGUAAAAAAAAAAAUUAAAAAGAAAUGGUAAUUUGAAAUAUUUGACCAAAAAAGGGAGUGGUUUUGGGAAUGGAGAUUUUGUCGUUUAGCAAAUGGGGUGGGUUAUGAGCUGGAUUUAAGAGGUUGGUUGGAGUCCGUUGACUGUAAGUCUAAGCCUUUUGUUUGGUCAAACUUUAUUUAUGGUAUUAUUUUUCAUGAGUGUAAUUGGUAGUCUUUAGUAUUAAUGGUGGGCCUGGUCAGCUCCCCAUCUAA